UUGGUAAAAUGCGUUUUUUUACCCCUCUUCGUCUUCCUUAUCAUCGCUUCCGUCUCCUUUAUCGGCCUCCGAGCUCUGGCCAAUAGUCAUUUUAUAUCCAGACUGAUUGGCGAAGGGGAGAUUGAUGAUAAGAUCGACGAUGGCGGCCAUGUUAUCGACUUGCUUUGGCUAAAGCUGACUGGUCGCCCAAGUGCCAGGACAUUUCAUACACAAUUAUACACCUGUUCAAAAGAAUUCGGCUUUAUGCAGGUGGGUCCGUUUUUAUUCACAUAUCCAUGA